AUGAUGGAUCAAGCUCUUGAUGAGAAUAUUUCCGAAAACGAUGAAGAAGAAAGUUUUUUCCAAGAUGUUGAUAUAUUACAAAAGCAUGGAAUUAAUGUGGCCGAUAUUAAAAAACUGAAAGGUGCGGGAAUUUGUACUAUAAAAGGCAUUCAAAUGUCAACAAAGAAAAAAUUAUCAAAUAUAAAAGGGUUUUCGGAUACAAAAGUAGAAAAAAUAAAGGAAGCAUGUCUGAAAGUAGUCAGCCUUGGGUUUAUGACAGCACUAGAAGUUAGUGAUAGACGAAAACAAGUGUUUAAAAUAAGCACUGGCAGCAGUGAACUUGACAAGCUCCUUGCGGGUGGCAUAGAGUCGAUGGCUAUAACAGAAGUAUUUGGUGAAUUUAGAACUGGUAAAACACAACUGUCACAUACGCUUUGUGUAACCACGCAAAUUCCUAAUGGCAGCUAUUGUGGUGGGAAGGUCAUGUUCCUUGAUACCGAGCAUACCUUUCGCCCUGACAGGUUAAGACCAAUAGCAGAUAGGUUUAAUUUAGAUCAAAAUGGCGUAUUGGAUAAUGUUUUGUAUGCAAGAGCUUAUACUUCGGAACAUCAGGCGGAAUUACUAGAUUUUGUUGCCGCGAAAUUUCACGAAGAGGCGGGAGUUUUCAAACUUCUCAUUAUCGACUCUAUAAUGGCCCUGUUUAGGGUUGAUUUCUCUGGGCGUGGAGAACUAGCAGACCGACAACAGAAAUUAGCUCAAGUUCUUUCUAGAUUACAGAAGAUAUCUGAAGAAUACAACGUAGCGGUAUUUAUAACAAAUCAGAUGACGUCAGACCCUGGGGCUACGUUAUCGUUUCAGGCAGAUCCCAAAAAGCCUAUUGGGGGAAACAUUUUAGCCCAUGCAUCUACUACAAGAAUAUCCCUACGAAAAGGUCGAGGUGAGAAUCGUAUCGCUAAAAUAUACGAUUCUCCAGAUUUGCCGGAGAGCGAAGCAACGUUCUCAAUUACGAGUGGAGGGGUUGCGGAUGCUAAAGAUUAGACAACUGUGUAAUAUUUUUAUAAACAUUCUCUUCAAUAAAAGCAUUAUAAUAAAGCCGGAAAAGUUUUGUAUACAGAAUGACUCAUUAAUAGUUUUUACUUAUAAGAACUUUGCACGGAUUGAAUAACGAGUAUUAUUUCCCAAAAAUAUCGGC